AUGUCCCCGUCUCGCUUUCACGAGCAUCUCACCUCUGGCCUUGACAGCGAUGUCAACUUGCCCACCUCUCCCCCGCUACCCAGCAAAGGAAAAACACCAGACUAUAACAGAAUUGACGUCAUGGCACAGAUACGUGCAGCAACAAUGAUCUCUACACCCCUCAAAGAAUUAUUAAAAGACCCUGCUGUUAUCAACACGCUCCACAACGUUGAUGGGAAGAAGAGUCAUAGACAGUCAUCUAGCUCACAACACCAUGAACCCUUCUACUCUGCGUCUACAUUGAUGAACCUGGUGGUGGCAGAAGAAGAAAAGCAAGCACAGCACCUUAGAUCGACCCUUCGGUCGACGGGGGACAGGCUCGAUCAGGAAAUGCGCAGGGCAAAGCAGGCUGAAUCUCAAGCAGAAUUCGCAGAACUCCGAGCGCGGGAGCUGGCUGUGCGCGUCAAUGCCGCUGAAACAGGCAGGCGUUAUGCAGAACUCGAUGUUGAGCGGGCCAGCGAAGAGAUGCGGCGACAUCAAAUGCGCAUCGAAAGCCUCGAAAAACAGGUCACAAAACUUCAGGCUGACAUCCGCGUCUUAGAGAGGCAAAGAAAUGAAGCCGAUGAAAGCGCAUCACGAGCGCGGGAUACUGCAAGAAAGUUUCAAACUGAACUUAGCAGGCAGCAAGCAAAGGAGAAAGUAAUAGAAGAAAGUCCGAUAUAUGGUCGGAAAAAGUGGUUCGUAACCGGGCAUAACGAGGGUUGGGAUGCUGGGUAUGCGGAGGGUUAUGACGACGGCAGGGAGGACGGGUUCGAAGAAGGUAGACAAUAUGGCAUCCGCGAAGGCCGAGAGUCGGGAUUCAAGCAGGGUCGCAUAAUGGGUCGGAAAGAGGGAUUCGAAAAUGGCCUAGAAUAA